CUAUCGUAACUAAAAUCGUUGAAAAGUAUAAUCUCAGCCCCGAGAUGAGUGUGAUCGAUCUCAGUCAAUACACCUCAGAGUUUCUCGAAAAUCUUACUGAUGAUAGAAAAAGAAAUCAGGCACGCAGACGCCUUCGAGACGGUUUUAAAUUUAGUGAUGAUCAGAAAAAUGUCCAACCCGAAACCACGCACGAAGUGCCCUGUUCCACAGUAAAUACUGUUAUUUCUAAGAGACAAAGUCUCCUUUCUUCGAAAGAUCGGGUCCCACGAGAAACAAUUGGAGAGAUGGCACAUCGACUUUUGCGGGAUAAGCUUAGUAUUCGGGAUAUAAGAGCUGAAGCUUAUGCCUUAGCCCUAUCAGCAAAAAAUGCUAAUGCUG